AUAAAUUAUGUCCAAGUUCAUGCAGAAAAAAGGCACCAAAUUAUUUAUAAUCACAUGUAUUAACUUUUUUUGUGUUUGUAGGAAGAAGAAAAGAAUAUGAAGAGGGUUUCCUUUGUUAUGAUCUUGUGUGCGGUGGCACUAGCGGCGGCGGUGGUGUUUUCAGGUGAAACACGCUCGGUGGAAGCAGUGACAUGCAGCCCCAUCGAGCUCAUCCCAUGCUUGCCGGCAAUCUCAACACCGCCAAAGCCUCCAUCCGCCGCUUGUUGCGGAAAGGUGAAGGAACAGCUACCAUGCUUUUGUGGCUACCUUAAGGACCCAAGUGCUAAGCCAUUCAUCGACAAUCCCAAUAUUCCAAAGGUGGCUAGCUCUUGUGGAGUUGCACAUGCAUAUCCCCCUAAGUGUUAAAAUGUUGCUUUCAUUAGAGCAUUUCCCACUCAAGGACUAGUAUGAAUAAAUUAAUAAUUAAAUGGAAAAUUAUCUAAUAUUUUACUCA